GACCAGAGCGCGUCAAUGGCUGAUGAUCUUCUGCAGAAGCUCAACCACUAUUUUGGGUUUUCAUCGUUUCGACUUCGAGUUCAAGAAGAUGCUAUUCGAUACAUACUGAGACGAGAAAGCGACGUAUUUGUUUCUAUGCCCACUGGUUCCGGAAAAUCGCUGUGUUACCAAUUACCGGCAGCACUGUACAGCGGAAUCACGGUCGUGUUUUCGCCGUUAAUUGCCUUGAUUCAAGAUCAGUUGACCCACCUGCGGCUUCACAAAAUAGCUUGCGAUUCUCUUAAUUCGAAACUGACCAAUUCCGAACGAGAUAGAAUCCUCGCUGAUCUGCAUUCUGCUCAGCCGUCGAUCAAAUUGCUGUACGUCACCCCGGAACAGGCACAAACCAAAACGUUCCAGAGUAUUUUGCAAAAGCUGAACGGUAGGCAUAAACUCGGCUACUUCGUGGUCGACGAGGCUCACUGCGUGUCUCAGUGGGGCCAUGACUUUCGCCCGGAAUAUCUGAAGUUGUGCAAACUGCGCAAUAUGUACCGUGACGUUCCGUGGAUUGCGGCGACUGCGACGGCGACCAAAACCGUCAUGGAAGAUAUCAAAAAACAGCUAUCACUAAAAGAACCAGUCGCAGUGUUCAAACAUCCGUGCUUUCGUCCAAAUCUGUUCUAUGACGUCAAGUUUCAGGAAACUCUCGUCAAUCCGACGAAGCAUUUAGCUGAUUUUCUUCAGGAUACAUUGAAAAACGUACGUGUUUAUUUGCAUUAA